AUGGAAUUAGCUUUGUCACAAUCAUGGGUCGAUCAGAUAGAGCAAGCUCUCGGCCAAAGGCCACAAUUUUCGGGUGAUGCAUUGGCUAUGAGAGAGCAAUACAAAGCUCUCGCAAACCAGAUAAAUGCUUCCCACAAAAGGUCCCUUGACCUAAAAAUCGAGGAUGUCCCAAUCACGGAAUAUCUUGCCGCUAGGGUUUAUACCCCUCCUCGUAAGGAUGAACAACUAUUGCCGGUUGGUGUCUACUUUCAUGGUGGUGGGUGGUGUUGUGGUGAUGUGGAGACCGAGGACGGUAUCUGCCAACUCUUAUCUGAAAAUGUUCCUUGCAUUAUUGUUUCACUGGAAUAUCGACGGGCACCUGAGCAUAAAAGCCCAGUGCCGCUUCAGGAUGUGCUGGAGGGUUGGACCUGGGCAUGGAACAAUGCAUCGAUGCUGAAUGGUGACCGAGCUAGAUAUUUUGCGAUUGGACAGAGCGCUGGAGGUCAUCUUGCACUGGCUUUAGUGAAUAAGCUUGUCGCACUGGAUCGAAAGAUUGAAAUCCGCGGUGUCGCAGCUCUUGCUCCAAUCACUACUCAUCCUGCCGGGGUCCCCAGCAAAUAUAAGGAUAAGUAUCAGUCUUUCACUGAUUGUGCAGACGCUCCGCUUAACACAGCAUUUGCUAUGAAUACAUUCUUCGACGCCGUUGGGGCGAGCCCUGAAGAUCCGGAUUUCUUUAUUAUCAACAGUGGGCACAUAAAGGAUUUCCCUCCAACCUACCUGGUUGUGUGUGACAUCGAUCCGAUUCGCGAUGAUGGCCUAGUGAUGCAUAGCCUAUUGAAAGAGGCCGGUGUUCCAACGAAGCUUGAUUAUUACAUCGGCUUACCUCAUGUCUUUUGGGCGUUGGACUGUAAGCCACCAAGCGGGAACUUCCUAAGUGACGUGCUUAAAGGUAUCAACUUCUUCAUGAAUGAUGCAGUGUAA